AUGAAGACAGCGAUGAUUCCUACACGAACUCGCGCGAAACGCGCUUAUCCCGUUAUAACCACACCGGUCGUUGCCGCCAAGCCGGCCCUGUCGGAGACCACCGUGCUGCUCUCCUACCUUCGCGACAUGAUGCGGCCGUGUGGGCUGUUGGAGAUUCACGAGAAGAUGGGCCUGCAAAUGGACAAGCAGCAUUUGGUGCAGCUGCUGGACGGGCUCGUAGCCCAAGGACACCUUCGGUGCAAGAAGUGCCCCUCCAUCCAAAUCUAUGUCUACAACUUCUCCAACCAGCAGAAACCGUCUGCGGUUCCCACUACCAAGGUGAGGAAACCGAACAAGGCCGCGCUCGAGAAGGAGGCGGCGCAACUGCGGGCGGCCACAGAGGAAAUCACGACAAAGAUUCAGGAGACGCAACAGCGGUGCAAAGAAUUGGCGGCUUUGCAAGAACGGCAAAAGGCAGCACUGGACGACUGGCACGUGCUACUCAAGGCCGACGGAGACCCCAGGGCGAUGGCGCGUGCGUGCGGCGGCGAAGUAGAGCAUCUUAUGGACGCGCAGACGAAGCAGCGGGCCGAGUUGGGGCGUCUGCAGCGGCUCUACACCCACAUGGUCACAGCAGUGUCUGAUAUUGAGGGCGUACACCCACGUCAACUGUGCGAACGCCUGGGUAUCGAGAUUACGAGGGUCCAGCUUAAAAACAAGUAA